AUGUCUGAAAACGGUGAAGAGAAAUUACUCGCUGUGGCGCGCCACAUAGCAAAAACGCUAGGCCACAACAACAACAUCAUGGCCGAUGAUAUCCUCCAAAUAUUCUCCAACUUCGACGGUAGAUUCUCCAAGGAGAAACUAUCCAACGAAGGUGCAGGGAAUGAUUCCCUACGCUGCGCUGCACUUGAACAAACUAUUAACUCUCUCCACCGUCGGAUUUCUCAUCAUCUUUCAUCGGAAGAUUUUAUCUGCUAUAACUCCGCCGCGUUUCUCGCCGCCGUUGACGAGCUUGUUUCUACUAUUGAAGACUGGAGUCCUCUCUCCGAUGAUAAAACCGUCGGCGCGUGUCUUAUACGCGCCGAUGAUAUACUCCAGCAAGCUAUGUUCCGUGCGGAGCAAGAGUUUCGAACACUUAUGGAACUCGGAGGUGAGUCGUUUGACCUGUCUCGGAGUAAAGAAAAGUCAACUCUGUAUGACUUGAACGGCGAAGAGGAGGAGAAUGAAGAAGAAGUUGACGGCGAAGAUGACGUGAUUCCGGUGGCGAAGGCGGUUGUUGAUUACAACGUGGUGAUAGACGCGCUUCCGCCGGCGACGUUGAACGGACUGAGAGAAAUCGCGAAACGGAUGUUGGCGGCGGGGUUUGGGAAGGAGUGUUCGCACGUGUAUGGAGUUUGCAGGAGGGAGUUCUUGGAGGAGAGUUUGUCGAGGUUAGGGUUACAGAAACUGAGUAUCUCAGAGGUUCAUAAGAUGCCAUGGCAGGAGCUUGAAGACGAGAUUGAACGAUGGAUUAAAGCGUCUAACGUUGCUCUUAAAAUCCUCUUUCCGAGUGAGCGGCGUCUCGGUGACCGUGUUUUCUCCGGUUUGUCUUCUUCGUCAGCUGUCGCGGAUCUGUCUUUCAUGGAGGUCUGUCGUGGAUCAGCGAUUCAGUUGCUGAAUUUUGCAGAUGCUGUGGCCAUUGGUAGUCGCACACCGGAGCGGUUGUUUAGAGUCCUCGACGUGUUUGAGACAUUGCGUGACCUGAUUCCGGAGUUUGAAGCAUUGUUCUCUGAUCAGUAUUGCUUGUUUCUUGUUAAUGAAGCUAUCACAAUUUGGAAGAGGUUAGGAGAAACUAUAAGAGGGAUUUUCGCGGAACUUGAGAAUUUGAUUAGCCGUGAUCCUGUGAAGGCGGUUGUUCCCGGUGGUGGUCUUCAUCCCAUCACUCGUUAUGUGAUGAACUACCUUCGCGCUGUGUGUCGUUCGCAUCAAACCCUAGAGCUUGUUUUUAAAGACAAUGCACUUUCUUUGAAGGAUUACGCUAAGGAUGAUGAUAGGUUGCAAUCAAAUUCUCCGUUUUCGGUUCAAAUUUCAUGGAUUAUGGACUUGUUGGAACGAAAUUUGGAUGCGAAGUCUAAACUUUACAAAGACCCUGCUUUGUGCUCUGUUUUUAUGAUGAAUAAUGGGAGAUAUAUUGUUAAGAAGGCUAAAGACAGUGAAUUGGGAACACUUUUGGGUGACGAUUGGAUAAGAAAACACAGUACAAAAGUGCGACAAUGCUAUUUGAACUAUCAAAGAAGCUCGUGGAACAAGUUGUUAGGAUUUUUGAAGGUGGAGACAAUGGCUGCAAAGCCCAUGAAGGAGAAACUAAAGAUGUUCAAUCUUCAUUUUGAAGAGAUAUGCCGGGUUCAAUCUCAGUGGUUUGUCUUUGAUGAGCAACUCAGGGAAGAGUUAAGGAUCUCGGUCGAAAAGCUCUUGUUGCCUGCUUAUGGAAGCUUUAUUGGAAGGUUUCAAAUUAUUCCGGAGUUUGCUAAGAAUGGUGAUAAGUAUAUCAAGUUUGGAAUGGAGGACAUUGAAGACAGGCUUAACAAUUUGUUUCAGGGAAGCAGUGGAUCAAAUGGUGGCCGAAAGUGA